GUCGCGGCCAAGCUGCGCGCUCAUUGGUCGCGGGGCGGGGCUUAGAGCUGCGGGUGGCCGCCUGGUUCAGUGUGCGACCCGCGGUCGGCGGCGGCGGGUCCUGGGCAGGAGGCGCUGAGAGGUGGGAGUCCCCGUCUUGCCUGCCAUGGAGCUGGAGGCUGAGCCCCUCGCUGCCCCCCACCCUUACUGGCCCCGGGACCUGGAGAUCCGGCGCUACGUCCCCAACGAUCGCCCCACCUGGCACAGCCUGUCCUUCCUCUUCUCCAUCUCAGCGGCCCUGCUGAUGCUCACCUGGCUGGCUGCCGGCUGGCGGGGGUGGACGGGGGCGCCCGUGGGGCCCGGGCGCCGCCUGGCCAUCUGUUGGUUUGUCAUCUGCGGCUUCAUCCAUGGCGUGAUUGAGGGCUGGUUCAGCCUCUACCACACAGAGAUACCUGGGGAUCAGUCCUUCCUCUCCCAGUUGUGGAAGGAAUACGCCAAAGGAGACAGCCGAUACGUCAUAGAGGAUAACUUCACCGUGUGCAUGGAGACCAUCACCGCCUGGGCAUGGGGACCGCUGAGCCUCUGGACCGUGCUAGCUUUCCUGCAGUGCCAGCCCUACCGCUACGUCCUGCAGCUGGUGGUGUCGCUGGGCCAGCUGUAUGGCGACGUCCUGUACUUCUACACCGAGUACCGGGAGGGCUUCACCCACAGUGAGAUGUGGCACCCGCUUUACUUCUGGUUCUACUUCGUCUUCAUGAAUGCCCUGUGGAUCAUCAUCCCCUCCAUCCUCCUCCUCGAUGCCUGUGGGCACCUGAGUGCUGCCCAGAGGGCGCUGGACGCUAUCAAGGCCAAGAGAGACUGAUGCUUCUUACCCCCACCCCUGGGUGGCGGGGGGGGGGGUGUAUCUGGCACAAAACUGCCCCGAGGGGCUGCAGGAUGAAUGAUGCUCAGGGAUUGGAGUGCACAGGACUCCUGGAUUCUCUCCCUGGCUCUGGGAGGUGAGUGGGGUCUAGUGGGCUAGAGUGGGGGCGCUGGGAGCCAGGACGUCUUGGCUCUUUUCCCAGCGUGUGUGAGCGACAUUCCAGUUUCUCCAAGCUGGCUUUACCUGCUGGCCUGGUGGGGAGAGAUGGGUGAGCGGGGCGAGGAGAUCACUAGAAAGGGUUGGGGAGAUGUCUGCCUCCCUAUGUCUUGUUAUCUUAGCACCCCCUCCACCCCCACACCCUCCAUGUUCCCACAACCAAAGCUCCGAUCCCAUCUCUGUGUACCCCCGAAAAGGACCCCCUUUGCCUCCUGACUGCAGGGUCAGGGAUGCUGGGACCUCAAGCACCUCCAGUGCACAGGGCCAAUCAGCUUGUUUUAAUAAACACAUGUAUGUACUCCUUUGCCUUCCA